AUGCAUGUACAUACUUCAGGUCAUGGUGGUCGUGCAUUCAGUCAAGACAAAUUAUUAACAGUAUUGAAUUAUGCAAAUAUGGAAUAUCAACGUUUUAUGGCUAUGUAUGUUGAUGCUGAUCAUGACCAACCAUGGCGUAAAGGUUCAUUUAGUCAAUUUGGUUUUUCAAAUGAAACAUCUGUAUGGCUUACAGCCUGGGUAUUAAUGACAUUAAGUGAUGCUGUUUAUCCUGAAUGGGAAGAAAAAGGUUUAUAUAUUGAUCCAAAUCUUCGUUCAGAUAUCGUUGCAUUUCUUCUAAGUGCCCAACAACAAAAUGGUUCAUGGGCUGAAUGGACAACAAUUGAAGAUCGAAACAAAUUUGGUUCUCGUUUAACAAAUAUAAGUGGUACUUAUAAGUUUUUAAAUUUAUCUUUAACAGCACAAGUUAUUAUUUCUUUACAAUUAAAUACCGAUAUACGUGGUAUACCAGCAAAAUUUUUAACAGGUGCAAUUAAUCGUGGAAAACAAUGGUUAGAAAAACAUUUUCGCUUGAUAAAUGAUGCAUUUGAUAUGGCAAUUGUUACAUAUGCAUUACAUCUAACAAAUAGUGCUGAAAAAGAUGCAGCAUUUUCGAUGUUAACUUUAUUUAAACGAAUGAAUGAGAAUGGCGUGUAUUAUUCAAAUUUAAAUUUACCUGGAAUGACAAAAACUUGGCCAAACGUUAAUCCUCGAUAUGGACCUAAACCAGUAUCAACUGAUUUUGAAGCUCAUGCUGUAACUGCUACAGCAUUUGUAGUUAUGACAUAUACACAUAAAGUUAAAGUUAAACAAGCUGAACAAUCUGUACUAUGGCUUCAAUCCAUGCGUAAUUUUAUUGGUGGUUGGUCUGCAACAUAUGAUUCUUGUAUAGCACAACGUGCUAUAGUUGGUUAUUCAGUAUUACGUGGCUUUGAAAUAACUGCAUAUAAUAUACGUAUUAAUUUAGCAUCAUCAUCGUUUGCAGAUGAUGAUGACAAUCCAGUUGUAAUUGUUGAUGAUAACAUAAUUGACACUCAAGUUCGUAGUGUAGAAAAUGUUUGGGGUGUAGUUUAUAUUGAUGGAUUUGGCAAUGGUUAUGCACUUAUUCAAAUGCAUGUUGGUGUUAAUGUUGAAUUUGAUCCUCGAGUGCGUCGUCCGGCUUAUGCUCCAUUUUCUGUUGAAGUUCAACCAAUGUUGUCGGGUCGUAACUUUUCAACAGUUGACUAUCAUAUUUGUCUCUCUUGGCGUUCAGAUAAUGUUAAAGUAUUAAAAGCGUCACGUAGUGGUUCAGUAGUAAUUGAAAUUCAAAUCCCAACUGGUUAUCGUGUUGAAGAAAAAGAUUUGAAAUCAAUGAUACGAGGUCGUUAUACACGGAAUUUACGUGAAGCAGAAAAUUGGCCCGGUCAAAUUAAUUUUGGUUUUCAAUACAUAGAUUUUGAUCCAAUAUGUUUUGAAUUUCAAGCAAAACGUUGGAUACCGGUAGCAAAUAUUUCACGUUAUUAUGAAAUACGAGCUUAUGAAUGGUUUGAACCAGGUAAUAUGUAUCGAAGUGUUUAUACAAUGAGAAAUUUAUUUGCUUUAGAUAUUUGUGAAGUUUGUGGUUCAUAUCAGUGUCCAUAUUGUCCAUAUUAUAGUCUAGCUACUAUAUUUAUACAGUCCAUAGCAAUGAUUAUUUGUAUUUUAUUUGUGAUUUUAUGCAAUCAUCUUAAUAUGAUUAAUUUCCAUUAA